AUGGAUCUAUCCCUGUACUGCGACAGCAACCUCCUGCAUACACAAGAGUCAUUGUCAAGAUAUCGACCUGGAGGAUACCACCCAGUCAGCCUCGGAGAUACAUUUGCGAAUGAUCGUUACAAGAUAUAUCACAAGUUAGGAUGGGGUGGCUUUUCCACAGUAUGGCUUGCAAAAGACAGAGAUCGAAAUGAAUGGGUCGCCCUGAAAAUCAUGACCGCAAAUUCGUCGAUAUCUCGAGAGUUAGAAAUUCUGAACUUCUUAGAGAGGCAAUCUGAAAACGGGCUCUCUUCAAACUAUGUCGUUCAGCUGCUCGAUGCCUUCACCCACGAAGGUCCUAACGGGGUCCAUCAAUGUCUUGUAUUCGAAUUACUUGGUCCUUCAUUCGAUAAGGUCCUAUCAGACUACCGUGAAAGUCAAGAUAAACUCGAACCGGAAAUCGUGUUCAGAAUUUCCACCCAGCUGCUGAAGGCUGUUAAGUUUAUCCACGGUGCCGGCAUAUGCCAUGGAGGUGAGGGUUUCUUCCUAGUUGCUUUCUAUGGUAAGCGCCAUUUUACUCACUUCGUCAUAGACAUUAGUGGUCGGAACAUUGCAUUUACUUGCACUCAUACAUCUAAACAAACUGAUGAGGAGCUUUUCAAAGUUCUUGGAUACCCGGAAGUUGAGCCGCUAAAACGACUUGACGGCAUGCCUCUGGAGGAUGGAUUGCCGGCCCAACUAAUCAAGGCUGCAGAUUGGACUGAGUGGAUAGACGAGGACGAAGAGGAUAUUCGACUUCUUGAUUUUGGGGAGAGUUUCUAUCAAGGAAAGGAGCCUGCUAAGCUAGCCCAGCCAGGUUCAUUAAGGGUACCAGAGACGAUUUUCACCGACUCCUUUGAUUAUCAUGUCGAUUUAUGGCGCACAGGUUGUAUGAUUUAUUCCUUCUUAUUCGCGAGUUGGCCAUUCUGGUAUUUUGGCGAGGACGAAAUGCUAAUGUUGCAAAUGAUUGGCUUUGUGGAGAGAUUGCCAGCUGAAUGGCAGCCUAAGUGGGAAUCAAUGGUGAAGAGCUCUAGCCGUGAUCUGAAGCUAGAAGAAGAUGACGGAACUACGAAGCUUGAAAAAGAAUUUGCUACUUUGGCCAAUCCAACACUCGAACCUCUACUCCAGGCGAUCCAAGGAUUGAUGCGAUUUUUACCGUCUACUCGCAUUACUGCAGAAGAUGCCCUUGAUUUGAUAGGUGAUGUCCAAGAUAAUCUCCGGAUGGACGAAUUAAGCGAAUAG